UUUCGCAGACUGGUCUGGUGGCUUGCGUCACGUGACCAGACGCCGCAGCCUAUACCGAACACAGUGGCCCAGUGACAAAAGUCACGUGGUUAUGUAGUAAAGUCUCACGGAACCACUCCAAGCCCACACCCAACUCAGUACUCCGAUGUUUUUCACCACCCGACCACAGCUAUUACCUCCAAAGCCACGUGACUUUCGGCGACAUCCACGCUAACCGAAUCCAAUACAUCACCAGAAAUCUUUCCUCACCGCCGCUCUGCAGCGUAGUGAAGCGAGAUGCAAUUUUACCGGUUCAUGUUCCAACCACGAGACUCCGGUUGUCGUCAGAGCUACUGUUGCGCAGUGUCAAUUGAUUGGCAUUCAUGAUCGACCGGUCUUUUGCCCUCGGGGCAAAUUUGGAGAGUAUAAAGUAUCGGUUCAGAUGGGGUCUGAGGUAGAGCUGCAGUGUGGUUGGGAGUGAUAAGAAGAAAGAUGAAGAGUUUUGUGGUGCUUCUGGCAGUGCUGGCGGUGGCCGCAGCAGCUGCCGAAGAAAAACCCUCCGACGCCGAAGCCCCGAAGGAUGCCGCCAGCGCGCGGCGCGCCCGUCUUCUUCUCCUCCUCGGCAAGAAAGCCCUCCUCCUGAAGGGGCCGCUGCUCCUUCCUGCCCUCGGAGCGAAAGCGAAGGCUGCUAAGCUAGCUGGAGUGGCUGGUGCAGCGGGUACCGCCGGUACUGCCGCAAAGGUGGUGGCUGCGAAACCCAUCAGCUACGCUCAGCCUGUGCAGGUCCAACAGUCCUACCAGCCUGUGCAGCAGGUGCAGUACCAACCCGUCCAGCAGGUGCAAUACCAGGAGGUGCAGGUGCAGCCUCAGGUCAAGUACCAGCCAGUGCAGUAUGAGAAGCUUGAGCUGGAGCCUCUUCACAUCCAACCAGUCCAGGUCCAGCAGGUGAAGGCGCAGCCAAAGUACGAGCACUACGUUCCGGUUGAUGUUUACGCCAAGCAGCCUAAGGCUCAAUACGCCCCACAGCCGGUGGCGUACCACCAACCUAUGGUGGGGUAUGGUCAAGAGGUCGUACACCAGCCGGUGACCUAUGAAGAACCUGUGUCGGGCUAUGGUCAGGAGGUUGUCCACCAGCCGGUGGGCUAUGGGGAGCAACCAGUGACGGGGUAUGGCCAGCAAGUGGUACAGCAGCCGGUUGGAUACGGUGAACAGCCUGUGUACUAGGAAGGGGUUGAGGAUGAUGUAUGGGGAGGUUGAAGAUGACAUUAUCAGUGGGUGGGGAUGAUGAAGCUAAAGUGGUUGAAGGCUGAAGGAUGAUAGAUGUCUUCGGGUAACCUCGAAGAGUCAGAAGAAGACUGAAGACAUGGAUCUGUUGGAAGGGAAGAUUGAGACGUUUGGUCCUGUCGGACCGGCUGAAGUUGAACCUGCGGCUUCCCGGCUGGUUGAAAGAAGCUGCUAACUUCUGACUUCUUGAAGUUCGGCUUCUCUCUGAAACUAGCUGAAGUACAGUGCUGUUGCAAGUCGCAAGUCGACGCCGUCUCUGCUUCUCUCUGACUUGCCCAGUAAAAAGUCUGCCUAGUCCAAACCAAGGGGUGCCUUUCAGCGGGUUUUCAGAUUGAUAAGUGUGCACUACAGUGUUUAUAUCAAUGUUUGAUGUUUAGAAUAGUUAGUUAUCGAAACUAGAGAAUAAAACACAAAUCCCAUGCCACCAUUUCAUUCAGCAUGCAUCUUUCGAGUAUCGCCGCGUCAGUUUUAUAAUCAGAAUGUUGGCUGUUUCAUUCAAAACUGCAUCGGGUACGAAAUGUAAAACAUUGUUAUUAUGUGUGUUCAGACGCCUUCAAUUGUAAACGAAUAUUAGUGAUACUGACUAUCAAAUUGCUGCAUUUUGUAACACACUAAGUCACGAUUGUUACCAUCAUUGUUUACGCCGACGUGGGUGCUAAUAAACGACAGAAAAACAUA